CGGACUGCUGGGCGGAAUGACUGCAGGCGCCAUUGCGCACUGAAUAUCAACUUGAAUUUGUUUAUUACGCCUGCGCAACACAACUUUGCAGUCCUCCAGUUCACCUUUCACUUCAUCCACCAGCAACGCGUGGGAAAUGGCUGCCAGCUCAAGACUACCUAUCGUCGUACCCAAAAUGGAACAUUCGCCCUCUGUCAAAGUCAACGAGCUUGAAAUUGACAAAGAUACUACUAUGGCCGAGCCCAAUCCCACGGCCGCGCCGAGUGCCGCCCCGGAGGACGAUGUGGACCCGGUCAUCGACCCUGAGCUCCUGGAAACGGAGCUGCAACUGGUCUCCUCGCUUGCCAAACUGCAGAAACUGGAAGAAAUGAUCCACCAGCUUCGGACGCUCCUCCCAGAGCGCCUACUGGAGCCGCUCGCACCAAUUGUGCACCCCAAAGCUGCUGCUGCGAUUGGCAUUCCGAACUCUCCUCAGGCUUUGCAUCAGCGACUCUCUCAGUCCGCAUGCGAUGGUGUGCGCGAGGUCGAAGACUUCAAAGCCUUGUGGCGGAGCGAAGAAAUGAAAGCCGUCUGGGAGCGCAUUGACACUUUGAUCAAUGAAAAUGCUGGCCGGCUCCUGCAGUCCAACGGCAUGUGGCAAUGUGACUACAACCAAAUACUUCAAGAUAUUGCACAACACGACAACCAUAGGAAAGAGCAGCAGCGAAAAGCCAAAGAGGAGCAGGAACGAGCCCAGUUGCAGUCAGCGGAAGGAGGAUGGAAGGCGAUCGUCGAUAACUAUGCCCAGGCAGGCAUACCUGGAAUGCGCGUGAUACCGACGAAGAGUGAUUCAUCGUUCGGUGUCUUGCUUCCGAAGGUCGGCCUGGCGUUCAAGGUCAACGCCGUCAGCUCGGGCCAAGAGGGUGUACCGGAAUUCAACGUCUCCAGCAAGUCGCCAUCAGGCGAACCCUCAUCGAGAGUUGAAACUGCAGUUCUGGCCUGUCUUAACGCCCGUCCGAGGAAAUGGGACCUAAAAUUUCUCUUUGGAAUGAUUUCAUCCUACUCAAAUAUCUUCCAAACUACAUGUACAAGGUGCGGUAAGAUGCAAGAUCAAGCAGCCAACCUCCCAACACUCCGGCGCCCGAAAACAAAAGAGCCACAGACCGACCAGCCGCCAACAUUCGAAGCCUACCACGCAACAUGCAUCUGA